AUGUCGAAGCCGGUUGUAACCAUCAUUGUUGCCGCACUCAAGCCAUUGUAUGGAAUAGGAUACCAAGGUAGCCUUCCGUGGCGAUUACGUAAAGAGAUGGCUUAUUUUAAGAGAGUUACAACGCGUACUAGUGACCCAUCAUUAAGAAACGCCGUGAUUAUGGGAAGGAAAACUUGGGACUCAAUACCAUCGAAGUUUAGACCCUUGCCUAGUAGGCUUAAUAUUAUAUUAUCCAGGUCAUUUGACAAUGAAGUGAUUGAUGAGAACCUUCUACAUGCAAAGUCGGUUCAAGACUCAUUACAGCUUGUAAAGGAUAAAAAUAUUGAACGCGUUUAUGUCAUUGGUGGGGCCGAGAUCUACAACGAGUUUAUCAAAAGUGGAUUAGUUGAUAACGUCUUAUUGACUGAAAUUGAACAUACUGAGACAGAGAAACUUGACAUGGACACAUUUUUGAAAUUUGAUGUAAAUCAAUGGACCAAACUGUCUAAAUCGGAAUUGAUUGGAUUCACGGGAGAGGAAGCGAUUGAUGAUGAUAUUCGAGAAGAUAAGUUUGUUUACAAUUACACAUUAUGGCAGAAACAAUAG